UGGCUUCAGGGCCUGGUCAGUCAUAAAAACUCAGAGUUAAACUUUGCUCUUCCCCACUCACACCCGGAGUCGCAAGACAGACUGACUAAUCUCACAAACGAGGACUAGACCAACUCAGGCAAAAUGGUGAAAGUCGGUAUCAAUGGAUUUGGCCGCAUCGGUCGUCUGGUGACCCGUGCUGGUUUCACCACCAAGAAGGUUGAGAUUGUGGCCAUCAAUGACCCAUUCAUCGACCUGGAGUACAUGGUCUACAUGUUCCAGUAUGAUUCCACUCACGGCCGCUUCAAAGGUGAGGUCAAGGCCGAGGGAGACAAGCUGGUCAUUGAUGGACACAAAAUCACAGUCUUCCACGAGAGGGACCCAACCAACAUCAAAUGGGGUGAGGCUGGUGCUGAGUACGUUGUGGAGUCCACUGGUGUGUUCACCACCAUUGAAAAGGCCUCCGCUCACUUGAAGGGUGGUGCCAAGAGGGUAAUCAUCUCUGCCCCCAGCGCUGAUGCCCCCAUGUUUGUCAUGGGCGUCAACCACGAGAAGUAUGAAAAAUCCCUCCAGGUGGUCAGCAACGCCUCUUGCACAACCAACUGCUUGGCACCACUAGCCAAAGUUAUCAAUGACAACUUCGGCAUCAUUGAGGGCCUGAUGAGCACAGUCCACGCAAUCACUGCCACACAGAAGACUGUGGACGGCCCCUCCGGCAAGCUGUGGCGGGAUGGUCGCGGUGCCAGCCAGAACAUCAUCCCCGCCUCCACUGGCGCAGCCAAGGCUGUUGGCAAGGUCAUCCCUGAGCUCAACGGUAAGCUGACCGGCAUGGCUUUCCGUGUCCCCACUCCCAACGUGUCGGUGGUUGAUCUGACCGUCCGUCUGGAGAAACCAGCCAAGUACGAUGACAUCAAGAAGGUUGUGAAAGCUGCAGCAGAGGGUCCAAUGAAGGGUAUUCUGGGAUACACUGAUCACCAGGUCGUCUCCACAGACUUCAACGGCGAUUCUCACUCCUCUAUCUUUGAUGCUGGCGCUGGCAUCGCCCUCAAUGACAACUUUGUCAAGCUCGUUUCAUGGUACGACAACGAAUACGCCUACAGCAACCGCGUCUGCGACCUCAUGGCCCACAUGGCCUCUAAGGAGUAAACCAACCAGCUGACUGGCCGUCAUGUUGCUUUCAUUCUCCUUUCUAUACAGAGUUAUAAAUGUACAAGAUGUAUGAUCUGUGACUCUGCCUAGUUCCAUCAAAUGGUUCGACCCCUAUCAUCAUCACAUGCCUGAGAAAACAUCCCACAUGACAAACGAGUUAAUCUGUUGACCAAUUUCUUUUUUUUAUUUGGUAAACUCCCUGUUCUGUUGUGUUGGAUGGAGUAGAGGUGUGGAAGUUCUGUCUGCAGUGGUCUAGAGCUGCAGUCAGUGGUGAAAUAAAGUCCUUUGUUUGUGAGA